GCCAUGUUUGGGAUGGAGAGAGUGAUGGAAGAGGAGGAGAGUUGAUAAACUCAGUAGCAGCAGUCCAGACCAUCACUUCUGUCCUGUCCCCAGGUCCCAGCAGGUCUUUCACUGUCCAGUGAGUCGGUGUUGUAGUGUUGUCGUCGUUGGUCCACAGCGCCCCCUGCAGUCAUGUGUGAUGAUGAGGAAAGCACCGCUCUGGUCUGUGAUAAUGGAUCUGGUCUCUGCAAGGCCGGGUUCGCCGGGGACGACGCCCCCAGGGCCGUCUUCCCCUCCAUCGUGGGCCGACCCAGGCACCAGGGAGUGAUGGUGGGUAUGGGACAGAAGGACAGUUACGUAGGUGACGAGGCUCAGAGUAAGAGAGGAAUCCUCACCCUGAAAUAUCCCAUCGAACACGGAAUCAUCACCAACUGGGACGACAUGGAGAAGAUCUGGCAUCACUCGUUCUAUAACGAGCUGAGAGUUGCUCCAGAAGAACAUCCGACUCUGCUCACUGAAGCUCCACUCAACCCUAAAGCCAACAGAGAGAAGAUGACACAGAUCAUGUUUGAGACCUUUAAUGUUCCUGCCAUGUACGUGGCCAUUCAGGCCGUCCUGUCUCUGUACGCCUCAGGACGCACCACAGGUAUCGUCCUGGACUCUGGAGACGGCGUCACCCACAACGUUCCGAUCUACGAGGGUUACGCUCUGCCUCACGCCAUCAUGAGGUUGGACCUGGCUGGACGUGACCUGACCGACUACCUCAUGAAGAUCCUGACCGAGCGAGGCUACAGCUUCGUCACCACGGCCGAGAGAGAAAUCGUCCGCGACAUCAAGGAGAAGUUGUGUUACGUGGCGUUGGACUUUGAGAACGAGAUGGGGACGGCGGCCACGUCGUCUUCUCUGGAAAAGAGCUACGAGCUUCCCGAUGGACAGGUCAUCACCAUCGGCAACGAGAGGUUCCGCUGCCCAGAGACACUUUUCCAGCCAUCCUUCAUUGGUAUGGAGUCAGCUGGUAUCCACGAGACGACCUACAACAGCAUCAUGAAGUGUGACAUCGACAUCCGUAAAGACCUGUACGCUAACAACGUGCUGUCAGGAGGAACCACCAUGUACCCGGGCAUCGCUGACCGCAUGCAGAAGGAGAUCACUGCACUGGCCCCGAGCACCAUGAAGAUCAAGAUCAUCGCCCCUCCUGAGAGGAAGUACUCGGUGUGGAUCGGCGGUUCCAUCUUAGCGUCGCUCUCCACCUUCCAGCAGAUGUGGAUCAGUAAGCAGGAGUACGACGAGGCGGGGCCGUCCAUCGUCCACCGCAAGUGCUUCUAAGGCCUCCCUGACCACGCCCCCUGCCCCGCCCCUCCUGCCACGUGUAGCUCCAGCACUGUCUUUACUUUAACCCUCACUGAGCACGAGCAAACAGGUCCUAGAUAGGCCCCGCCCCCUCACACACUUCUUGUUUCAUUUUUUUACUAACGGCUGGAAAAAGGGAAGUGAUGUCAUGAGCUGAUCAAUCCAAACCUUUAAUGAUUCAGAGCUCCUCCCCCUCUGCUCACCUGAAAACUGUGAAUUGAGUUGUCCAUCUUUAGCCCCGCCCCCUCCCCACCGCCAUGUUGGUUCAGUUUUUAUUUUUUGACGAAUAAAAUUUGAAAGUCGUCGCUCGUUCAGGAGAUUGAUGAUGAUGAUGAUGAUGUCACAGAGUGAUGAUGUCAUGGUGGUUUAACUCUGGGAGGCGUGGCCUCAUGGUGCUGUAGAGAAGUGAAGGUGUUUUUAAAAAAAAGUCAACAAAAUAAAAGAUCUGUGAUA